AUAUUUCGCUGUUGAAAAGCCAUGGCGGCUUCCUGCGUGGACAUUGUCAAAAAAAUUUUCCCUAAUACUUCUACAUCAGUAGCUAAUUAUAUUAAUUGUUAGUUAAAUUUUUCAAUACUUUGUAUAAUAAGGAAAUUUUUUUUUUAAAAAUUAAAAUAUACUGUUUAGUUAGAUUGUUAUUGCACAACAUGUUGCAUAACCCCUUAUUAUCGUCUUUUCUGCAGCUAUGCUCUCGGAUGGAGGAGCAAAUGAUUAUGACAAUGCCGAAGAGCUAUAUAAUGAUAUUAUUCAAUUCUUUCGUGGACCAGCUUUUCGAAAUGAAACGGAUAAUAUCAAAAAAUUAUGUGAUGAUUUGUUAAAAUUAAUGAAAACUGGCGAAAAGCAAGAAACGUUUGAUUUAAAGCCACUUGAAAACCCUUUAAUUAUGAAUGAAACUAUUCUUGAAGCACCUAAGCAGAUGUUACACCAGCCUGAAAUUUAUAAAAUGAGAACUGUUGAUGAAAAGAAGCUAAGAAAAGCUGAAGAGAAACUUAAGGCUAAAAGUGAAAAGAAGGAAAACAAGAUAGUUAAGCCAAAAGAAGAGGCUGAAGAAGUACUGGCCACUGUUAGUCAGCAAACCGACCGAAAGGUUGCUAAACUCGAUGCUAACUCUGAUAUUAGAUUAGAAGAUUUCGAUGUUUCCUAUGGAGAAAAAACACUACUCCAAAAUGCUAACUUAACUCUGUCAAGAGGAAGAAUUUAUGGUCUUGUUGGCCGUAAUGGAGUUGGAAAAACAACUCUGUUAAGAAUGAUUGCUUCAGGAGGAUUGAAAAUUCCUAAUAUUAUCAGAAUAUUACAUGUUGAGCAAGAAGUAAAGGCCGAUGAUACACCUGUUUUACAGAGUGUUUUAGAGAGUGAUGAAAGGAGAAACAAUUUAAUAGCAAUGGAACAAGAACUAUUAAAAGACGGUUCCAGCAGUGAAAAAUUACAAGCUGUUUAUGCUGAAAUGGCUUCUAUCGACGCUGACUCUGCACCAGCUAGAGCUGCAGCAAUCCUUUGUGGUUUAGGAUUUGAUAAUGAAGCCCAACAAAGAAAGACAAGUGAAUUUUCUGGUGGAUGGAGAAUGAGAUUGGCUCUUGCAAGAUCUCUAUUCUCUCAACCUGAUCUGUUACUUCUUGACGAACCUACAAACAUGUUGGAUAUGAAAACAAUAGCUUGGUUGGAGGAUUACUUGCAUUCGUGGAAAUCAACUGUAUUCUUAGUGUCUCACGAUCGUGCCUUCUUAACAAAUGUAUGCACUGACACUCUACACAUGAUUAGAAGGCAAUUAAUUCAUUAUCGGGGUGAUUAUGAAGUGUUCGAAAAAACACGAGAAGAAAGAGAAAAGAAUCAGAAAAAAGAAUAUGAAGCUCAGCUUGAGUAUAGACAACAUAUUCAGGUAUUUAUAGAUCGAUUUAGGUAUAAUGCAAAUAGAGCCUCUCAAGUUCAAAGUAAAAUUAAACAUCUGGAAAAGUUACCAAAAUUAAUUCCUGUAGAACCGGACCCUCCAGUAAUUUUUAAAUUUCCUGAUUGUGAUCCGCCAUCUGGAGGUGCAGCAGUUCAAUUAGAUGAAGUUAAAUUUAAAUAUGACAAUAGCGAUAGAGUGAUUUUGCGAGAUGUUUCUAUUAAUGCCAGCCCUGAUGCUAGGGUUUGUAUUGUUGGAGAUAACGGAGCAGGAAAGUCUACACUUAUAAAGCUAUUGUUAAAUGAAUUAACUCCUACUGGUGGCGAAAGAAAGGCACAUAGGCAUUGUAGAUUUGCUUAUUUCGCCCAACAUCAUAUAGAUAGGUUAGAUUUGGAUAAGAAUCCCGUUGAAGUGUUACAAAGUGCACUACCUGGAAAACCUGUUGAAUUUUACAGGAGCAAAUUAGGAGGAUUUGGUGUCAGUGGAGAUAUGGCACUAAGAACUGUUAGGAAACUUUCUGGAGGUCAAAAGUCCAGGGUGGCUUUUGCCAUGAUGACUUUAAGCAGUCCCAAUUUUCUUGUAUUGGACGAACCUACCAAUCAUUUAGAUAUGGAUACUAUUGAUGCACUUUCAACAGCAAUCGAUAAUUUUGCUGGUGCGGUGAUCUUGGUAACUCACGAUCAGAAAUUAGUAAAAAGAGUUUGUAAAGAACUGUGGUUGGUAGCCGAUGGUCACGUAAAGAUAAUAGGAGGGGGAAUGGAUGAAUAUACGAAACUAGUAAAGAAACAACUACAACAACUAAAUUCUGGAAAAUAA